UGUAGCAUCUCGUGUAGCAUCAACCGCGGCUCAACGGUUUUGUAACUUAAUUCACAAAUAUAGACGUGCUUAUUACUUUUUCUAAAUCAUAUAGUUUUUCUUGCUACAGCGCUGGCGUGUACACAUUGUGUUUAAUGCAGCCUAGGGUCGUCGAGAAAAUAAAAUGAAACGUUUUUUACCAGGUAGGUUAGCUUUUUUUUAGACACUGAGGACCUGCUGUGUGUGAGCACAAAGGCCGUGUUCAUCGCCACGACUCAAAACAAUGUAUCCCUCCUGGGGUAAUUAUGGGGCACCCCAGUCGCAAAACUUUGCAGGGCCAGGGCCCAGUAAGCAGCCCGGUGGCGGAAACAUCGGCCCUGUGGCACCAGGGUUCGGUGGCUACGAGGCCUCAUCAGCCGGCUCCAUGUUCUCCAGCCUCCAGGAGCAACACCUCCAGCAGAUGCAGCAACUGCAGAUGCUGCACCAGAAACAGCUCCAGUCAGUGCUUCAUCACGGCAGUAAUGCUAAUGCCAAUGCUUACAGUGGUAGUGGACAAAACGUUGGUUAUUCAGGGUCAUCGUGGCACCCGGAAGGUGCAGGACAUUCAGACAGCAAUGCUGGAGCUCAAUCGUACUACCAACAGCACGAGGCGACCAGAGGUCCCAAUGCACCUCAGCCGGGUCAGCCACAGCCUCCCCCACUGCCACCGCAACCCCAUCCCAACGACACCAAACCGGUACCUCCCCCUCCAGAGCCACCGGAGAACAUCGGUGCUCCCAAAGCAAAAGAGCCCAUCAACAACGACCCACCCACACUAGAGGACGACAAAUCUCUACCAUUGCAGGAGCAACAGCAACGUUGGUACAAACAGCAUCUUCAAAAUUUACAAAAGUUAAAACAAGAGAAAGCAAAGCAGAAUCAGAAAGAGGGUGGUGGUCAUGGCCCGCCACCCCCCUCUGGCCAUGCAGUUCCUCCUCCUCCUCCAUCAGAACCACCAAAAGGUGCACCUCCUCCACCCCCUCCUAAAGAGGAGCCUCCAGCACCCCCGCCACCGCCUGAUGAGGCAAAGAGUGAUGUUCCUAACGACCCAGAGGAGGCUGCCCGCCUCAAGGAGUUACAGGCUGCAGCUGCGCAGUGGCAAAAGGUGCAGCAAGAAAGAGCAGGCUUACAAUACCAGGCUCUCAUGCAACAACACGAAAAGCUUCAGCAGAUCCUUGAAAAAUACCAACAGCUGAUUCAGCAACCUGCAAAUCUAGCGUCAAUGUCUGCUGAAAUGCAGCUCAGGCACUAUGAAACGCAACGGCAGCAGUUCACCCCAUUAUUCCAAGAGUGGGAUCACUCCUUCGUCCUGUGGUAUGAACAGUUUAAGACCUAUCCCCACAAAGAUCAACUGCAGGACUAUGAACGCCAAUGGAAGCAGUGGCAGGAGCAGAUGAACGCCACCAAUGCCCACAUUCAAGAAAGGGUGGCCACACUCACUGCCAUGGUGCCAUUCGCUUCAAGCCAGUAUAGUAGUGGGAUGAUGGGACAGUUUGGUCAUUACCCUGGACAAGACUUGCAAAUGCAGCAGCACACCGCAAUACCAGGUUUGCAGCAUUCCCCAGCUGGUGUUGGUCCCAACUCUCAAGGGGCACAUCCCACUGGCUUUAUGCAACAUUCAGAGUCACCUGCUGGACCCCCUGUAAGAGGCGCUUGCCCUGCUGGCAUAGGAGUCAGACCCCCAGGUCCCACUGCUGUUCAGCCAACAAGCAACAACAGUGUCAGCGGUCCACGUCCUGCUGUUCCCAGUGGAAACAACCCUAGAUUUGACCAGCCACAGCACGGGUUUGAUGGUCCUCCGAGAUUUGACCAGCCAAACCGCUUUGAUGGUCCCCCAAGGUUCGAACCACCGCAGCACCGCUUUGAUGGUCCUCCAAGGUUCAACCAACCACAGCGGUUUGAUGGCCCCCCAAGGUUCAACCAACAACAGCGGUUUGAUGGCCCCCCAAGGUUCAACCAACAACAGCAGCGAUUUGAUGGCCCUCCUCGAUUUGACCAGCAAAGACACCGCUUUGAUGGUCCUCCAAGAUUUGACCAACCACGGCAACGCUUUGAUGGCCCCCCCAGAUUUGGGCAGCCGUCUAGGUUUGACCAGCCCCAACGGCCUCCUGGCCCUACGCCUUUUGAACGCCCACCUGGGCCCCAGCAGCAGCAACAGCAAGUAGCCCAACCUAAGGGACAACCAGCCACCAAACCAGCUGCCUGUACAGACUUGAAGACUCCUGGAAAGACAGACGGGCAGUCACAGUCGGACAAAGAAAAAGGUAAAUCAAAACCAGGUCAUAAGGCCAAUUCUGAUGACUUGACAGAUGACAACUUACUUGGAACUGAGGGCUUUUUUGUCCAGAAUGACCCCAUUCCUCAGACAUUAAAAACCAUCACAAAGCCUGAUGAAUCAGAGGACAAAAGCGAGAAACCCAAACCUGGUAACAGCAAACCUUCGGUAACUGAUCCCUCUUCUUUCGCCUCAAAAAUUCCUUCUGCACAAAGUUCGCUCAAACCAGAUGGACCAGUGACAAAAACCGAAACCCCACAAGUUCCAAAGCCCUCAGGAAUCCAACAGGAGCCUGGACAGAUGCUGUCAAGACCAGAUCAAGCAAGGCAUCCCCCUGGAAGGGGACGAGGUCAGCCACCAGGAACUGUACAAGGUCGGGGACUCGGGCAAAGGGGCCGUGGAAAUUUCAGGGGACCUAACUCUGUACCACUUGGGGGGGAAAUUGAGGAAAUGCCGUAUGACUACAUGACACUUGAAGAAAACUUGGGGAUGCCAGAAGAACAAGAGGAGUAUCAUUGGCAAGAUCCCUCAUACGAGGAGUGUGGUGAUGAGGAAUCAGAGGAGCCCCCUGAAGAAAUGUGGAUGCAAGACGGAUAUCACUACCCAACAGAGGAAGAGUAUUAUGAAGAGCCAAUUUGUGGACCCUCUAUGGGGAGAGGAGGCCCGAUGAUGAGAGGAGGGCCCCAUAUGGGAAGAGGAGGACCGCCUAUGGGGAGGGGAGGUCCACCUAUGGGGAGGGGAGGUCCACCUAUGGGGAGAGGGGGGCCGCCUAUGGGGAGAGGGGGACCACCAAUGGGAAGAGGGGGGCCACAUAUGGGGAGAGGAGGGCCACAUAUGGGUAGAAUGGGACCGCCUUUCGGUAGAGGUGGACCGCCUUUUGGUAGAGGUGGACCGCCUUUUGGUAGAGGGGGACCCCCAAUGGGUAGAGGUGGACCCCCGAUGGGUAGAGGUGGACCCCAUAUGGGAAGAGGAGGGCCACCCAUGGGAAGACGAGGACCAAUGGACAUGCACUGGGAAGACCCUGAGUCAGCAGAGUACUCUGAGGAAGGGGAUCCUUACUGGGGAGAACGGAGACCUCCAAUGAGAGGCAUGAGACCCCCCUUUCCACCUGGCCGGGGCCGUCCCCCGCCUGGUCAUCCCGGUUUCAUGCACCAAGGACGAGGGCGCCCCCCUCAUCCAUCACAUGGUCCAAUGGAUCAUGAGGCGUUAGGCCAAGGACUAAACAUGGAUGAUACCGAAAUGGACCCAAUGAUGCCGCCCGGACAUGACCCUCAUAGCCACUCGAUACAUCCUGAUGCAGGAAGAGGUAGGCAUGGCGUGCCACCCCCACCUCACGAAGUGAUUGAUUCUAUAGAGGACCCAAUGUAUAGUGAAGGCAUGGAGAGAGAUUUAGACUGGCAACCGCCUCAUGGCAGAGGCCCUCCUCUGCCUCCACAUGAGAUCAUUGAUCCUGAAGGAAUGAGGAGGAGAUCUAUGGGGAGAGGGAUGGCCAGGGGCAUGUGGCGGCCAGGUCCAGCACAUGAGGAAUAUGAAGAGAGACAUAAAGAGGGUUUUGUGGAGGAUUAUGGUCAUGGUGAACACGGUCGCUGGCGUCCACCACAGGAUCAUCCUCCUGGCGACUAUCGGCAUGAGGCCAAGUACUAUGAGUCUGAAUGGGACAGAGACCGUGCUCCUCCUGAGAGGGAUUAUCCCCCCCGCAUGCUACCAACAGAGCCCUACAGAGAAGAAAGAGAAAGAGGUCACCCACAUUCUUAUGAUGAGCAUGACAGGGGAAGAGGAGAACUUAGAAUUCGGGAGUAUCGAGAUGAGCCAGCGUAUCGCCAGGAUGACCCACCAUACCCGCCAUCAGCUCCACCUUCAGAAUGGGACAGGCCCUCAAGACUUCCUCCAUCACCAGUGAGAGGGUAUCCUGCUGAGUAUGAGAAUCGCAGAGCUCGCUAUGAAGAUCCCAGAGAAGAGACUCCCUUACCUGCUGCUGCACCCGUCACAAACUUGCCAGAGAGCUCAGUUGAUCCGGAUUCACAAGGAUCGAGUGGAUCAAAUGUACUUGCCCUCUCCCAACGUCAACACGAGAUCAUCUUGAAAGCUGCUCAAGAGCUUAAACUUAUAAGGGAAUUGCAGGAGGGGAAGUCACCUGCUACUGCACCCCAGCCUGCAUCGAGCGACAUCACAUCUGAGCUUCCUGCUGGACUUCUUGGUUUGGAGAUCCCAGCAGACAUCAGGAAUGUUCUGAAGGGCAUGACUGCAGCCGCACAGACGACCUCAACCGAGCCUGUGUCUUGGGAUAAUAAACCUGCCACCACACGUUACCAGACAUCUCUCUCCUCGGCCACACCUUCAGUGAUUCCAAAGACUGUGGAUUACGGGCAUGGGCACGAGCCUGGAGCUACUGUCGAGCGGAUCUCUUAUGGUGAGAGGAUUGUGUUGAGGCCUGACCCAGUUCUAUCUGACCGGGGCUAUGAAAAAGAACCCCUUGGUCCCAGGGAUCCUUACGGCAGAGAUCCAUAUUAUGAUAGGAGAUCAGACCCUUACAUGGACCGCCGGGAGUACAGCAGAGAAAGGGAGUUAUACAGAGAAAAGCUCCCAUCUGAAUAUGAAAGAGAAAGAUAUGAGAGGGAGCGCUAUCCACCACGAGAGAGAGAUGACAGCACACAGUCGAUGGUUGAAGAAAGAUCCCCACUGGCACCUGCGUCCCGCUCAGGAUACAGGGAGAGAGAGCGGGAACUUCGAGUGAGGGAGCGAAGUGACAGUCGAGACCGAGAGGAACAUUACGGAAGGCCGGGCUAUGACAGACCUCCAUACGAGCGCAGCGGGCUCGACCGCGGAGGGCCAGAGCGUUACGGCCAUAGUUCCUCACCAUACGGAGAAAGAAGAAGCUAUCCAGAGGAAAGGGGGCCUCCCACUGCAUCACCCCUCGCAGCUCCCCCACAGCCAGCCCCGCGCGUUGAGAAAAAGCCAGAAAUCAAGAAUAUUGACGAUAUCCUCAAACCACCUGGCAGGUCAUCUCGGCCUGAAAGGAUUGUCAUCAUAAUGAGAGGGCUUCCAGGCAGCGGAAAAAGCCACGUGGCAAAGUUGAUACGGGAUAAAGAAGUGGACUGUGGCGGCGCACCUCCAAGAGUUCUCGUUUUGGACGAUUAUUUCAUGACGGAGGUUGAGAAAGUAGAGAAAGACCCAGACACGGGGAGACGAGUGAAACGCAAGAUUCUUGAGUACGAAUACGAGCCAGAGAUGGAGGACACGUACCGGAACAGCAUGCUGAAAACGUUUAAGAAAACUCUGGAUGACGGCUUUUUCCCCUUCAUCAUUUUAGACACUAUUAAUGACAAGGUUAAACAUUUUGAUCAGUUCUGGAGCGCAGCCAAAACGAAAGGCUUUGAGGUAUACCUGGCUGAGAUCACUACAGACACUCAGACUUGUGCAAAGAGAAACAACCAUGGGCGCACACUAAAGGAUAUUUUGAAGAUGUCCAACAACUGGGAGGCUUCACCCCGGCAUAUGGUGCGAUUGGAUGUCCGGUCCCUGCUUCAGGAUGCAGCUAUAGAGGAGGUCGAAAUGGAAGACUUUAAUCCCGAUGACGAGCCCAAGGAGCCAAAGAGAGAGGAGGAAGAAGAGGGUGAUAAGGGCUACAUUCCAAAAAGCAAAUGGGAGAUGGACACGUCCGAAGCGAAACUUGACAGGUUGGAUGGUCUGGGGAGCGGUGGGAAAAGGAAACGUGAAGACAUGUCCGGCCUGGAGGACUACCUUCAGCUGCCAGACGAUUAUGCCACUCGCAAGUCACAACCAGGAAAGAAAAGGGUUCGCUGGGCUGAUCUCGAAGAGCAGAAAGAAGCAGAUCGAAAGCGCGCUAUUGGCUUUGUGGUGGGUCAAACGGACUGGGAGAGAAUAACGGACGAGAGCGGCCAGCUGGCACAAAGAGCUCUUAACCGUACCAAGUAUUUCUAAGAAGAUAAUCUGUUCCCCCUUUUUCCCCCUUCAUUGAAAGGUUUCAAGAAUGUGAAAACACUGACACUCGCUUGUAGUGGAACAAGAGACUCAUCGAGGUGGCAAGAUCACCGAUUGUUAUCAAGUUAUUAGUUAUUUGAUCGAUAAGGAUACAGGUCUUUUCCCCUUAUUUUUAAACAGACACUCUGCUUAUUUGCUGAUGCAUUUGUAGUUUAUAACUGUUCAUCAUAUGGUCAUGGUCUGUAUUCAGUUAUGUUACUGUUUUAUACUCUUCAUGCUUUCUGUACUGUACCCCGGUUUUUUGGUCCAUGGAUACUUGAAAAACACAAUAAAAUGUUCACAAAAUGA